UGAUGCUGGAGUAUUUUAAGAUGAUUCCAGAGGAAUUAGUUAGACAGAUCUUAAUGAGAGUGUCUUAUAAAUCUCACAGCAAAUUGAAGAAAGUUUGUAAAAAUUGGAAGGCGAUGGUGGAAGAUCCCCAGUUUUAUGAAGAUAGACUGAGGUGUGGGAGAUCUGAGGAGUUCAUAUGUUUGCUUGAGACAGUGAAUCAUCAAUUUAAAAGUCUUCCUCUGGUAACUAUAUAUGACCCCAUUAACAAGCUAUGGGAAAAGCUUCCUACCAUUCCCGCAGAAUUCGAAUUCUGCUCAUCCUCCAAGCUUAUCUGUGUUAAGCACAAACUGGUUUUAUUAGGGUUAUCACAGCGCAACAGAGCAGGUUCGAAGCGCAAGAGGACAGAGACAACCAAGGCUAUUUUGAUCUUUGAUUUUUUGUCUUGCAAAUGGCGGAAAGGAGCAGAUAUGCCCACCCGAGAAUGCCCAGCUAACUUUGGCUGCUGUGCAUCACCUGAAGGACUGAUUUAUCUUGCUGGAGGAAGACAGAAUGGGGAAAUUACAGGCAAAGCUACAAGCCAAGCUGCAGUUUACAAUGUGGAGACGAAUGAAUGGAAGCUUCUUCCAAAUAUGCUUCAAAACCAAUGGUUAUGUGACUGUGUUUUUAUUGAAGGCAUGAUGUAUGUUGUAUGCUUGUAUGAUGAGGAGGUUCAACAAUUCGAGCCAGAGACAGAAGUCUGGUCAGUUUUGCCCAAUAUGUGGUUUAUUGAAGAUUGUAUGUAUCCCAUGGUGGCCGCAUUUGGGCGUUUGUAUUGUUUUCAGUGGGAUGUUGUGACAGAAUACGACUCUAGAGAGAAUUUGUGGAGGAUAGUUGAUGGUCUUCCUCAACCUCUUGAUAGCGUUGAUGCUGCUGUGUUGGGUGAUAGGAUUUUCUUGAGUGGGGUUGAAUCAGGCAGCAAAAACCAUACAUUUUUUUAUAUCUACCAACUUCCAUUAAAAACAGGGGUGAACAGAGAGAGAUGGAUUUGUGUUGAGAGGCCUCAAUACUUCUCCCAAUCCUGCAUUCAAUCUGUGGCCACUCUGGUUAUUUGAUUGGUUUUUCAAAUUCAUUGUUACAUUGUGGCUCCUUGGGGCUCAAAUUUAGCAAAGAACCAAAUUAG